CAAGCAUGUUGGUAUGUGCACAUACCCAAAAAUAUUCUACUAAUGGUAUACACUGAACUCAAGAAUGAUAUAAAGCAGUUAAUUAAAUUAAAUUAAAUUAAUAAAUAAGCAGGCAGUGGCUUUUCUAAUGUACCAUUUGAUCAUGAGCAUUACACUACAACAUUCGUGUAUCUCAAAAGCCACCAUGUCUCAACCAAUAAAACCCGUGCUUUCCAACUUGUGAAUAACUUGAUUGGUGGGUCUACGUAGUCCUAGGACACCGUAAUGAAACCCUCAUCCCCAUAACCAGUUUUUUCCCUAUAUAACCCCACUGAACCCAAUUUCUUUGCUUCCCCCCACACUCACAGCUUUCUCAGCCUAUAUAAGUAUACACAACCACCGUGUGCCACCACUUGCUCCGCCGGAAAAUAUUUCAGAUGGGCUCAGCUGCUUACUACGCCGGUUGUGAAUUAUAUGAGAACUACCAACCCCAUUUCCUUGAUUCUUGCUACCUUUGUAACAGACCACUCAGCCAAAACCAUGACAUAUUCAUGUACAGAGGGAACACACCGUUUUGUAGCCAAGAGUGCCGGCAGGAACAGAUCGAAAUGGAUGAAGCCACCGAAAAAAGAUGGAAACUUUCCUCUUCGAAGAAAUCUAAAUCAGUGAGACAGCUUAAUUCUGAAUCUGCAUCUAAAGAAUCCGACACCAAGAAAGCUGUUAGGACAGGGACGACUGUGGCUGUGGCCUAAACUCCAAAUAACAUUUUUCUUUUUUAUCUUUUUUUAAAAAAAAAGGGAAAAAAAUCGAAUUUGAUCUGUAAAAAGAAAGGAUCUGGGGGUCGUGAGAAGGAAGUUCCACCCAAUAGUUUUGAUUUUUCUUAUAGCUCUUGAUGUUUUUUUCUGAUCCUUUUCUUUCCUGCUCUACUUCUUUCUUUCUGAACUGAAAAAUGGCAUCUGAUGUCUAUACGGAGAGGAUCAAGAGUCCUGUAAUUGGAAUGCAAUGAGAAUUGAGAUAUGAACCCUAUACUCACCUUUGAGAUUGAUGGCUUUGUUGAAAUGUCCUUUAUAUGUUUUUCGCUGUUAUCUUCUUCAACACUUGAUGAUUAUAAGGAAAAAAUCUACUAUUAGAAAGUGUUAGGGCAAAAGUUAGAAAUAAUCUGAUGAUGACUUGGAUAAUGGCCAUAUUGAUCCAACUCAGUUAUUCUUGUUGGUUGAAGUCCAUUAGGUGUAGG